AUGGGCACCAAGCAGACCAAGGGUUGCCAGCCGGGCAGCGCUGGGGAGAGCCCCCCGGCCCACCACCGCAAGAAAGUACCCCCCAGGGAAAGGGGGGACUUCCUCGCCUCCCUCGUGGUGAAGUCCGGCGAGAAGUUUGGGAAGGGUGGUGGCAGCAGCUUGCCCCCUUACCACCGGCGGAUCUGCAUGAUCCAGGACAUGCUGGUGCUGGUGAAGCAGGGGAAGCAGGAGGAGGCCACCGAGCUGCUGAGGCACCUGCGGCAGGAUUUGGGAAUGGAGUCAACCUCUCUGGAUGAUGUCCUCUAUCGAUACGCCAGCUUUCGAAACCUGGUGGAUCCGAUCACUCAUGACUUGAUCAUCAGCCUUGCUAGAUACAUCCACUGCCCCAAACCGGAGGGGGACUCCCUCGGGGCCAUGGAGAAGCUUUGCCGGCAGCUCACCUACCACCUCAGCCCCCACUCGCAGUGGAGACGCCAGGGCAUCAUGAAGAGGAAACCGCAGUCCUGCUUGAAAGCUGUCCUGAUGGGGAAGCCCCAGGACAACACAGUGGACUUGUCGGGCAUCCCGCUGACGCUGAAAGACUUGGACCGCGUCAUGUCCUACCUCCAGCACAGCUCAGAGCACAUCGACACAGUGGAGCUGUGCUUCACGGAGCUGACAGACGACAUGCUGCUGCAGCUGCUGCCAGCCCUCUGCGUGCUGCCCCACCUCACCACCCUCUCCCUCAACGGCAACCGGCUCACUAAAGCCAUCCUACGGGACCUCACCGAAACCCUGAAGGACCCCAAGAAGUUCCCCAGCGUCACCUGGAUCGACCUUGGCAACAACGUGGACAUCUUCUCCUUGCCACAACCCUUCUUGGUCAGCCUAAAGAGACGAUGCCCAAAGCAAGGCAACUUGCCAACCAUUCUGGAGUUCGGCGAGGGUCAGGUAAGCGAUUUGGAGAGCCAGGAUGGCCUGGCCGAGAGCCAGGAGGACUUGCGAGCUGGACCAGGCAAGACUGACAACAUAGGCUUGCAGCAGACGGACAGAACAGUUGAGGCUGGGGAGGUCCCCAACUCGGAGCAAGGUGCUGCGACACCGCAGACAUGAUGUCCAGCUCCGUGGCUCUUGGGUGGGCGUGUUGAGCAAGGAUGACUUAUAACCAAGACCUCAGCGUUGGAGGUCCUGGCAGAAGGUCAAUUCACACGGUGGGAUGCUUCGGGAGUCCAGACUGCCGCCUUCCUCCCAUAGAAUGAAUGUCAACUUUUUUCUUUUCAAAGAACGCAUAAAGGUGAUCGCGUUGAAUACUUGUAUUUUAUAAAAGCUGGCCAGGUAUUUUUAAACAUUAGUGACGUGCUAUGCUUUUUAACCUCCCAAAAACGCACCUCCAAGGUGGUGUAAUAUGAGGCCCUUAGAAGAGCACAAAAGGGGAGAUGAAAGGUGCCCAGACUUUGCAGGGAAGGGCUCCCUUUCCUUAGCGCUGGGUCUAGCCAGAUCCCAGCUGCUCUCCCACGCGUGGUGGACAGACAACGGUCACCCCAAAGAGGGCUGCCGCCAAGACAAACCUUAAAUCCUUUCCAAUCCUGACUUCAGGAGUUGCUGAUGAAUAGCAUAUCUGCUGAGAUGCAACAGAAGUCUGAUCACACACUAACCAGGGGUGUUUCUCUUAAUACUGUGAGCCAGCCCGAAGGGAGAGCUUUGCUUUCCUGGUGCGGAGCUAAAUCCCAGCCCGCUGCGUGCCUGGACGCCUCUCUCACCCUCCAGCCUUACUGAAAUCAGGCUGGCACUUGUGCCUGCCCAGUAUUUAUUCAGAUGUAAAAUCCAGUUUCCCCCCAGCCGUGCUGCUGUAAUAACUCCAGAGCUUUUAAUGCGGUACCUGGCGCUUGCACCAGCAACGCUGAGAGUACUUGAUCCAUUUUGGGGAGCGAUCCGCAAAAUCUGGAGCCGGGGCUCAGCUCAGGUUCAUUGCUGUUGCUGACAAAAGAGACCACCAUACUGAAGGUCUAUAAAAGAAAAAAUAAUCCUGGGGUUCAUCCCUGUAUCACUGCCACUGAGGGCUGGGCGGACACAGCCAGCUGGAGAUUUAAAGCCUCAGAAAGGCUGUUGGGUCACUUGGCUGUGUCCAUUGCCCCCCUGGACCAGAAGUGCUUUGUUUCUAAAAUGUUUUGUUUUCUAAGAGACAUGGGUUUGAUUUUAUUUUAUUUUUGAUGGAAAAUUGAUCACCCCAGAGUAGCAGUGCUGGAACGUGCACUUUGGCUUUUGAACCAGAAUUUCAUUUGAUCCUAAACCUGGGGGAGGGCAGGAAAGUGUGAAAAACUUCCUCCCCCUUACGUUCAAAGGACCAAACGUGACUCCCUUUGCUAAGAGGGAGCCCCUUUCUAUCUGUUCAAAGCCCUUCCCCUGACCAGCUUUACAGCACCGUUUUCCUGGCUCGCAGCAGUGACUCUCUGGCUUUGCUUUUUCUGGGUGCAAACGCAGUCAGACUUUUGGUCGUCUCUUUGGCUCUGCUCAUUUAACAUCGCUGCACCGGGAAGCUUUUUCCAGAGGGGCUUCACGCUGUCGGUGGUUGUUUCUCCUCCGUAUGCAAGUAGAUAACUUAGAAGAAACUCUGCUACUCGUUUUAAUACAUUUGGCAAAGUUCAGUAUGAUUUGCAUGUAUCCACGCCUUUUUCCUUUUUUUUUUAAUGUUAACUCUUUCCAACAGGCAUGAAAAAAACUUUGCAGUGAAUAAACUGUUCUGUUUGAAAUAAAGGAACUAUCCGUAAUCAAAAUAAAUUACA